AUGUCUCCCGCAGCUCAGGAUGGUGACAAGGUGCUGAAAGGCGAGGAGUGUGCGCCUCAUUCGCAGCCGUGGCAAGUGGCCCUCUACGAGCGUGGCCGUUUCAACUGUGGCGCUUUCCUAAUCUCCCCACGCUGGGUGUUGACUGCUGCCCACUGCCAAACCCGUUUCAUGCGAGUGCGCCUUGGCGAACACAACCUUCGCAAGCGUGAUGGUCCAGAGCAAGUGCGAGCCGUUUCUCACAUCAUCCCACAUCCCGGCUACGAGGCUCGCACCCACCUGCACGACAUUAUGUUGUUGCGGCUUCUCCAGCCUGUCCGGCUCUCAUCUCAGGUGCGCCCUGUGCCUCUGCCCACGCGUUGCCCCUUUGCCGGCGAGGGCUGUGUGGUGUCAGGCUGGGGCCUGCUAUCAGACAACAAGCCUGGAGCCACAGGGAGCCGCAAGUCACAAGUGAGACUCCCGGAUGCAUUGCAUUGUGCCAACAUCAGCAUUAUCUCCGAGGCAUCUUGCAACAAGGACUACCCUGGUCGAGUGUUGCCCACCAUGGUGUGUGCUGGUGUAGAGGGCGGCGGCACGGACUCCUGUGAGGGUGACUCUGGAGGACCCUUGGUCUGUAGCGGUGCCGUGCAGGGCAUCGUAUCCUGGGGUGAUGUCCCCUGCGAUACUACCACCAAGCCUGGCGUCUACACCAAAGUCUGCAGCUACACGGAGUGGAUCCGGGAAAACAUGAAAACAAGAAACUGACUGUUGGUGCACCACCUAGGUCCCUCACUAACCACCUGGGACCCUGACCAAGAAUUCCCCAUAGCCGGCCAGCAGCCCCAUUCCUACCGGAGACAGAGCUGAGUCCUCCUUCCCAUUGACAUACACUGCUAGCCAGG